AUGCAGAGUCACUUUCCGACGACGCUCUUACUCUCGACUCUCUUUCUUUUUCUGGCGCCGGAGCUAACUCCAGUCUGUGAAGCCGUGUGGCUCAACGUGCCUACGCUCGGAACAAAGUGCGUCUCGGAGGAAAUCCAGAGCAACAUCGUCGUUUUGGCCGAUUACCUCGUCAUCUCCGACGAACAUUCCGUCUUCCCUUCUCUCUCCGUCAAGGUUACAUCACCAUAUGGCAGCGUCUUGCACCAGAGCGAAAACUCAACGCACGGUCAGUUUGCGUUUACAACGCAAGAAUCAGGAACCUACUUGGCUUGUUUCGAGGUGAUCGGAGAUCAUCAUGGCAAGAAAGAUAUUAGCAUCAACCUCGACUGGAAAACCGGAAUCGGAGCUAAAGAUUGGGACUCCAUUGCAAGAAAAGAGAAAAUCGAGGGUGUGGAUCUUGAGCUUAAGAAACUUGAAGCAGCUAUUGAAGCCAUCCAUGAGAAUCUACUUUACCUCAGAAACAAAGAAGCGGAUAUGAGGAUUAUGAGUGAGAAAACGAACUCGCGAGUCGCGUGGUACAGUAUAAUGUCUCUAGGCAUCUGCAUUGUGGCUUCUGGUUUGCAGAUUGUGUACUUGAAGCAGUACUUUCAAAGGAAGAAGCUUAUUUAG